AUGUUCAGACCAGCGGGGCCCGGCUCCGGCAGGGCCCGGCUCCAGCGGGGCCCGGCUCCAGCGGGGCCCGGCUCCAGCGGGGCCCGUCGAAAGUUGACGUUUCUGUAUUUGGCGAAUGACGUGAUCCAGAACAGCAAAAAGAAAGGCCCGGAGUUCACCAAAGACUUUGAGACGGUUCUGGUGGACGCCUGCUCCCACGUCGCCAGGAUUCCUUACACUGAGUUUGAAGCAGGAGCAAUUGGACGGAAGGGGUGGGGAUGUGAUGAGGCGGUUGCCGCGGUCCCGGAGGCGGUGGUCCAGAGCCGGUCUCUGAGGGACCUCAACGGCUCCUCUCUCAAGUCUGAGACCGUCUCCAAAGACCUCAUCUCCACCAAACCAAAGGCCCCAUGGUCCUCGGGCUCAUACUGGUCUCAGAACGUGUCCCUGGUUCAGGACCAGCAGAGGUACCGCCCUCCUCCUGCGUCCGGCCCAAAAAACAAAGCCCAGUCCAGACCCGCCCAGAAGACCAAGAAGACCCUGGGCUGGGGCGACUUCUACUUCCAGGUGCGGACGCUGAAGUGCAGCUUGAUGGUAACGGGGAAGAUCGUGGACCAUGUGAACGGGACCUUCAGCGUCACCUUCAGGCACAACUCCUCACGUUCGGGGAACAUCUCGGUGAGUAUCGUGGCGCCGUCCGAGGCCGUGGGCUGGGAGCUGCUGGGCGCCAAGAACCCGCUCCUGGUCCCAGACCUGAUCCCGACCGUUCGUAGUCCUCCACAUUCCACCAGCGCUGCUACCACGGACCAGAAGGGGCUGCUGAUGGUCACGGAGCUGAACUGCAGGGUGGAGUACCAGAGAACCAACCGGUCCAAGAAGACCCGGCCGUGUCUGUACGACCCGGGCCAGACCUGCUACUCGGAGAACACGCAGUCCCAGGCCGCCUGGAUCUGUGCCAAACCCUUCAAAGUCAUCUGCAUCUUCAUCACCUUCACGGGGAGCGACUACCGCCUGGUCCAGAAGCUCCUGUCCACACAGCUCCUGUCCACACAGCUCCUGUCCACACAGCUCCUGUCCACACAGCUCCUGUCCACACAGCUCCUGUCCACACAGCUCCUGUCCACACAGCUCCUGUCCACACAGCUCCUGUCCACACAGCUCCUGUCCACACAGCUCCUGUCCACACAGCUCCUGUCCACACAGCUCCUGUCUACACAGCUCCUGUCCACACAGCUCCUGUCCACACAGCUCCUGUCCACACAGCUGAUCAGGCUGCAUUUAAAAAUCAUCAUCAUCAUCAUCACCAUCAUCACCAUCAUCACCAUCACCAUCAUCAUCAAAAUCAUCAUCAUCACCAUCAUCAACAUCAUCACCAUGAUCAUCACCAUCACCAUCACCAUCACCAUCAUCAUCAUCAUCAUCACCAUCAUCAUCAUCAACAUCAUCAUCAUCAUCAUCACCAUCAUCAUCAUCAUCACCAUCAUCAUCAUCAUCAACAUCAUCAACAUCAUCAUCAUCAAAAUCAUCAUCAUCACCAUCAUCAACAUCAUCACCAUGAUCAUCACCAUCACCAUCAUCAUCACCAUCAUCAUAACAUCAUCACCAUCAUCAUCACCAUCAUCAACACCAUCAUCACCACCAUCAUCACCACCAUCAUCAUCAUCACCCACCAUCAUCAUCAUCAACACCAUCAUCACCAUCAUCAUCACCAUCAUCAUCAUCACCAUCAUCAACAUCAUCAUCAUUAUAAUCAACAUCAUCACCAUCAUCACCAUCACAAUCAUCAUCAUCCCCAUCAUCAUCAUCAUCAUCAUCACCAUCAUCACAAUCAUCAUCACCAUCAUCACAAUCAUCAUCAUCAUCACCAUCAUCACCAUCAUCAUCAUCACCAUCAUCACAAUCAUCAUCACCAUCAUCAUCAUCAACAUCAUCAUCACCAUCAUCAUCACCAUCAUCAUCAUCAACAUCAUCAUCAUCACCAUCAUCAUCACCAUCACCAUCAUAAUCAUCAACAUCAUCAUCAUCAAAAUCAUCAACAUCAUCACCAUGAUCAUCAUCAUCACCAUCACCAUCAUCACCAUCAUCAUCAUCAUCAUCACCAUCAUCACCAUCAUCAUCAUCAUCACCAUCAUCAUCAUCAUCAUCACCAUCAUCAUCAUCAUCAUCAUCACCAUCAUCAUCACCAUCAUCAGCACCAUCAUCAUCAUCAUCAGCACCAUCAUCAUCAUCAUCAACACCAUCAUCAUCACCAUCAUCAGCACCAUCAUCAUCACCAUCAUCAUCACCAUCGCCAUCACCAUCAUCAUCAUCAUCAUCAUCACCAUCAUCAUCAUCAUCAUCAUCAUCACCAUCAUCACCAUCACCAUCACCAUCACCAUCACCAUCACCAUCAUCAUCAUCAUCACCAUCAUCAUCAUCAUCACCAUCAUCAUCACCAUCAUCAUCAUCACCACCACCACCAUCAUCACCAUCAUCAUCAUCACCAUCAUCAUCACCAUCAUCAACACCAUCAUCACCAUCAUCAUCAUCACCAUCACCUUCAUCAUCAUCACCAUCAUCAUCAUCACAUUCAGAACCAACACUGUAACCAGGAUACGUACCAUCAGCACCAACACCAUAACCAGGAUACGUACCAUCAGCACCAACAACGAUACGUACCAUCAGCACCAACACCGUAACCAGGAUACGUACCAUCAGCACCAACACAGUAACCAGGAUACGUACCAUCAGCACCAACACAGUAACCAGGAUACGUACCAUCAGCACCAACACCGUAACCAGGAUACGUACCAUCAGCACCAACACCGUAACCAGGAUACGUACCAUCAGCACAAACACAGUAACCAGGAUACGUACCAUCAGCACCAACACCGUAACCAGGAUACGUACCAUCAGCACCAACACAGUAACCAGGAUACGUACCAUCAGCACCAACACAGUAACCAGGAUACGUACCAUCAGCACCAACACCGUAACCAGGAUACGUACCAUCAGCACCAACACCAUAAACAGGAUACGUACCAUCAGCACCAACACCGUAACCAGGAUACGUAUUAUCAGCACCAACACGUAACCAGGAUACGUACCAUCAGCACCAACACAGUAACCAGGAUACGUACCAUCAGCACCAACACAGUAACCAGGAUACGUACCAUCAGCACCAACACAGUAACCAGGAUACGUGCCAUCAGCACCAACACGUAA